AUGGCAGAAACAAUACCAGCUACAAAUGGAAUUCCAAACUCCACAACAAUGUCAAAUUCCCGCACGGGUUCUGUCGCUUUCUUACUUGCUGAACCCGAUUUCCGCUUGCGCAGAAUCAGAGGCCAGGUGCGCGUACAAUUUUCAGGAUCAUCUGCGAAUGCUAUUGCGAAGUCUGGUAUCACUAGCGGUGAUGAAGUGGAUAUUAUGUUAGAUGGAGUGGAAUAUGUGGGAACUGAAGCUCCAAGUGCGACACCUGGAAGGGGUGUGGAGUUUGAAUUGAAGUUCACGGACAAACUGCUACUUCAGUUUCGCCCAGAAAAUUCCCAAGAUGUCAAGCUUAUCAGCAUCGAAAAACCCGAUCCCGAAGUUGUUCAGACAAAUGCGUCCCCGCCCCCGCCCACCCCAGCGACAGAUCUAGAGACCGAAAACCAAGUCCCGGAAAAUCCCAGCAACGCCUGUCUCAUUUUUCAAGCAAAAGGCUACGACCCAUUUGAGGUUGAAGAUGGGUCAGUCCGUGGUAAAGGUAGGAAGAGAACUAGACUCAGUACAUCAUGGCGAUUUGCGAGCAGGUCACCAAGUCCCAGUCCAGAGGUCGAAGAGCCGGUAGCAGCAUCUUCUGAAAAUGGUAUUGAGGAGCCAGUAAACCCACAUACGCCAUCAAUGACGGAUGAGGGUGUUCAAACUAUAGAGUUUGAAACUGAGGUAAUCGCCGAAGCGACGCAAACACUAGAACAAGAUUUGCCCAAAAUCACUGAGGAAGUGGAGGCAAAUGACACUGUAGAGGUUGUGCAUGUGGAAGCUCCAUUACAGGGAAUACCACAGGCCGAAGAUGGGAACACAAAUCCAAUGCCGCCUCCACAUAAAGCGACUGAUUUUUUCAUUCCAGACAUCGAGCCACGGGAAAUAUCGUCCGAUAAACUAGAUAAAAAGUUACCUUCUUCCCCGCAACUACGACCUUUGCCAUCAGAAGGUCUUCCUUUAGUCUCUCCACUGGUAACAACCCGAGUUGAGAAGUUCAACAACUACGUACACAGUGAACACACUCAAAAUCUCGAAAUACUAAAUGCUCCAGAUGCGCUUCCAGUGGAGUCUGAUAAACAGAUGCCAGGUCACAGGAAAGAAGACGAAGUGUAUGAUGCAAGUCCUCUGCAUCACACAAACGGUCAGUCGAAGUCGGAUCAGACUACCUAUAAUACGUCAUCAAUUCUUUCUGGGGACCAGUAUGACCCUCUGAAUACUCAGAACACCUUCCCUCCUCACCAGCAACGUCAAAAUGGGACCGAGGACGGUGGUGAUCAAUUAUUUGCCCCGUACAAUGCUCCUGAGCCAGAAUCCUAUAUAUCAGCCGGCGUUUACGAAGAGAUACCGGAAGAAGACAAAGCCGAUUCGUUGCCCUGA